AUGCUUGAGUCUGUGAAGGUUCCUUUUAGUAGGUUGAAAUGGGGUUUCAUCCCUACGAGAAGAAUCGUUGAUGAAGACAUCCCAGAAGAAGUCGCUGCUGAGAGAAGAGAUGUGGUUGGUAUCCAAGAAGGAAACUACGAAAAGCCAGCCGACGAGAUCGAAGAGGAGGAAGAGGAUGAAGAUGAGUUGGAGUACCGUGAUGAAGCCAACAGACCUUGGUGGAAGUUCUUUGAUGAGUACGAACACAGAUUGAACAAGAAGGCUAGACAGCUGCACAAGUGGUACAAGUGGUUCGAUGAGAACGAUUCCCCAGCUGAAAGAAAGCUCAUGUGGAAGAUUGAUAUCUUGUUGACCUUCUACUCCAUGCUUGCUUACUGGAUUAAGAACUUGGAUAUGACUAACCUUAACAAUGCCUAUACGGCAGGUCUUAAGGAAGACAUUGGUAUGGUGGGUAACGAUUUGGUUAAUACUCAGGUACUUUUUACUGUUGGUAACAUUGUCUUUCAGAUUCCUUUCAUGUUCUGCUUGAACAGUGUUCCUUUGAACUUUGUCUUACCAGGCCUCGAGCUCAUUUGGUCCAUUCUUACCAUCUUGACAUACAGAGUCCAAAAUGUCACUGACCUUCAGGUCCUUCGUUUUUUUAUUGGUUCCCUUGAAGCCCCAUCAUACCUUGCAUUCCAAUACUUAUUCGGCACUUUCAUUUAUAACCCGGGUAUGAUUGCCAGAAGAUCUAUGGUCUAUUACUUUGGCCAGUACAUUGGUGUUAUGACAUCGGGUUUGAUAUCCGGUGCUAUUGUGAACAACUUCGAAGGUGUCGGUGGCCUUGCUGCAUGGAGAUGGAUUUUUAUCAUUGACGGAAUCAUCUCUGUGGUGGUUGCAAUUCUUGGAUUUUACAUGCUUCCAGGUACUCCAUCUGACUGUUACUCCAUCUUCUUUAGUGACGACGAGAUUCGUUUGCUUCGUUACCGUCUUAAGAAGAACCAUACUGGUGGAAGGCCAAAGGUUAAUUUGUGGAGAUCGUUCUUCUCUUGGCCGGUCUGGAGAAGAAUCAUUUUCUCCUGGGAGAUUUAUGUUUUGAGUAUCUGGAACAUCUUCUGCUGGAACAACAACAACGGUUCCUCUGGUGCCUACAUUUUGUGGAUUAAGUCUCUCGGAAGAUACACCAAGGGAGAAAUCCAGUUCAAGAGUGCCUUGACCCCUGGUCUCGGUAUAGUUUGGUUGUUCCUUACGUGUAUGUAUGCUGAUCUUUUCAGACUGAGAUGGCUGGCAAUCAUAUUCUCCCAAGUUUUCAAUAUUUUGGGUAACGUUCUUCUUGCAGUAUGGGAAAUUCCAGAAGAUGCUAAAUGGUUUGCUUGGUGUCUUCAGUAUUUCGGUUGGGCCAUGGCCCCAGUGUUGUACUCUUGGAUGAACGAUAUUUGCAGGAGAGAUGCACAGAGAAGAGCCGUUACUAUGGUCAUCAUGAAUAUGUUGGCACAAGCCUCCACUGCUUGGAUGGCUGUGAUUGUUUGGAGAACUGUUGAGGCCCCACGUUACCUUAAGGGUUACUCAUUCACCGCCUCCAGUGCAUUCGCUUUGUCUGUCUGGACAUUCCUUGUUCUCUACCUUUACAAGAAACAAGAGAGAGGUUUUGCUCGCCAGAAUGGUAUUGUCGUUUACAAUUCUAAAACUGACUCAGAGCCUUUCCCUGUUCCAGAAUCUGGAACAGAAUCAUCCGUUACUGAGGUCAAAGAUGCACAGCAAACUUCUGAAAAAGCUAUCAAGGACUCGUCUUAA